GGGGGUUAUAUUUAAACUCCCAGAGCCGUUAAGUUGGUUCGUACUCCGAUGCGCGCGCAACCAGGGUGGUGGCGGAGUGCGCAUGCGUGGUUCCGGGGCGAAGGGAACGCGCGCUUGCCGUGCGCGCUCGCGGCGGGGUGGUAGUGGCGGAGGAGAAAGGGGUCGGCGCACGCGCGGUUGAGUGCUCGAGUAGUUCGGGUGUCGCGGGCAUCUUGUUUUGGUCUCGCGGGCGAGUGGGGCGCACUUCGCGGGGAGGCGCUUGGGCGCGAGACUAGGCGAGAAGAGCAGAGCUGCGCGCGCACUCGGGAAAGGGGGGGAAGGGAGCAGGGUCCAGGCAGGGGGGGUUAAGCCCCCUGAUCCCCCUCGUUACCCCGACUGGGACGGAAUAAGGGGAGGAAAUGAUCGAGAUGGCGGCGGAGAAGGAGCCGUUUCUGGUGCCGGCCCCGCCGCCGCCGCUCAAAGAUGAGUCGGGCGGAGGGGGCGGCCCCACUGUGCCACCGCACCAAGAGGCCGCCUCUGGGGAGCUCUGCGGCGGGACGGAGCGUGGUCCGGGUCCUUGCGCGCCGUCUGCGGGGUCCCCGGCCGCUGGGGUCGGUCGAGAGAGCCCCGGGGCCGCGGCCACCCCCCCCGGUGGUCCCCAGGCGCAGCAGCACCGAGGAGGCGGCCCCCAGGCGCAGUCGCACGGGGAGGCCCGCCUGUCGGAUCCCCCGGGGCGAGCCGCUCCCCCGGACGUGGGGGAGGAGCGCCGGGGAGGGGGCGGGACAGAGCUGGGUCCCCCUGCUCCUCCUCGACCCCGCAAUGGCUAUCAGCCCCACCGGCCACCUGGGGGGGGCGGGGGCAAGAGGAGAAAUAGCUGUAAUGUAGGGGGAGGUGGGGGAGGCUUUAAACAUCCGGCCUUCAAGAGGCGCAGGCGGGUGAAUUCGGACUGUGACUCUGUGUUACCCUCCAACUUCCUCCUGGGGGGCAAUAUCUUUGAUCCCCUGAACCUGAAUAGCCUCCUGGAUGAGGAAGUGAGCCGCGCCCUCAACGCAGAGACCCCUAAGUCAUCCCCCCUUCCGGCCAAAGGGCGAGAUCCAGUGGAGAUCCUCAUCCCCAAAGAUAUUACUGACCCGCUCAGUCUCAAUACUUGCACUGAUGAGGGCCAUGUAGUUCUUGCUUCGCCACUCAAGACUGGUCGGAAGCGGCAUAGACACCGGGGACAGCACCACCAGCAGCAGCAGGCAGCCGGAGGGAGUGAGAGCCACCCCGUGCUGCCCACAGCCCCUCUCACCCCCUCACUCCACGGGGAGGGCGCCUCACAGCAGCCGCGGCACAGAGGCCAGAACCGGGAUGCCCCCCAACCCUAUGAACUCAACACAGCCAUCAACUGCAGGGAUGAAGUGGUGUCUCCGCUUCCAUCUGCUCUACAGGGUCCCUCAGGCUCCCUAUCAGCCCCUCCAGCUGCCUCAGUUACCUCUGCACCCCCAUCUUCCUCCUCCCGACAUCGCAAACGUCGCAGGACUUCCAGCAAGUCGGAGGCAGGGGCUAGGGGUGGAGGCCAGGGUUCCAAGGAAAAGGGCCGAGGGAGUUGGGGAGGCCGUCACCACCACCACCACCCACUGCCUGCAGCAGGCUUCAAAAAGCAACAGCGCAAGUUCCAGUAUGGGAAUUACUGCAAAUACUAUGGGUACCGCAAUCCUUCCUGUGAGGAUGGGCGCCUUCGGGUGUUGAAGCCUGAGUGGUUUCGGGGCCGGGACGUCCUAGAUCUGGGCUGCAAUGUGGGCCAUCUGACCCUGAGCAUUGCCUGCAAGUGGGGCCCGUCCCGCAUGGUGGGCUUGGAUAUAGAUUCCCGGCUCAUCCAUUCUGCCCGUCAGAACAUCCGACACUACCUUUCCGAGGAGCUGCGUCUCCCACCCCGGACUGUGGAAGGGGACCCGGGGGCAGAGGGUGAGGAAGGGACCACCACCGUUCGAAAGAGGAGCUGCUUCCCAGCCUCGCUGACUGCCAGCCGGGGUCCCAUCGCUGCCCCCCAAGUGCCCUUGGAUGGAGCGGACACAUCAGUCUUCCCCAACAAUGUUGUCUUCGUCACGGGUAAUUAUGUGCUGGAUCGAGAUGACCUGGUGGAGGCCCAAACGCCUGAGUAUGAUGUGGUGCUCUGCCUCAGCCUCACCAAGUGGGUGCAUCUGAACUGGGGAGAUGAGGGCCUGAAGCGCAUGUUUCGCCGGAUCUACCGGCACCUACGCCCUGGAGGCAUCCUGGUCCUAGAGCCCCAACCCUGGUCGUCGUAUGGCAAGAGAAAGACCCUUACGGAAACAAUCUACAAGAACUACUACCGAAUCCAACUGAAGCCAGAGCAGUUCAGUUCCUACCUGACAUCCCCAGACGUGGGCUUCUCCAGCUAUGAGCUUGUGGCCACACCCCACAACACCUCUAAAGGCUUCCAGCGUCCUGUGUACCUGUUCCACAAGGCCCGAUCCCCCAGCCACUAAGUGGCCCCCUGAACAGAAAGUGUGAAGAGGAUGCCCUUGCUGCUCCUAAGGACCUGGGGGAAGAGGAAAGUGUCCCAGGGUCUUUCCUGACUCCAAAAAUAGUUUCCUUUCUUGGAUCUGCAAAGAAAGCUUUUCUUCCAUCGCUGCCUCAGCCUCCUCCCUACGCCUCUGGCACCUGUGCAGCAAGGUGGCUGUGCUGGAGUCACCAUCAUCUUCCUCUCCCCCAGCCUCCCAGGCUGGAUGGCAUGGACUGUUUGCUGACCUCUGUUCUCUUAGGGCAUGGGAGGUGGGAGGAUAUCAAAUUCUCUAGCCCUUUCCUCCUAUUCUCCCAAGGAGAGAGAUUCCCAUUUCUCCUCGGCUGUUGUCCCUAGCUCUUGUCCCUAGCUGCAUUUCAGUGGACCAUGGAUAGAUGGACUGAGGGUUCGAGGGGGAAGCCUGGCAGGGAGGCACGCAGGUACUGUGAAAAUCCUUCCCUCUGUCCUCCCCCAGUGGGAGAGGGGGUUGGGUUUUGAAUGUGAGAACAGCACAAUAAACUUGAUGUCUAGGGCAGUGGCCCCCA